GUGAAACUCCACAUGGUUCUAACAUCAUCAUGAGUAUCUUGGAAGAACAACUCGAAGCUGAUCCAUUGUUUUCUUUCUCAAUCGAUCCUCUUUCUCCGUCACCCAGCCCCCCAUGCUACAUUCUUGACGACCGACGACCUGUUCCUCCUGGAUUCGUCCUUUUUACCGUAUGGCGUGAUGGUGGUAACCAGCUAGUCCUCCGGCUUCCACUUGCUUUCAUUCAUUCAGUUGUCUUUUGUCCACUCAAAUAUCUUGCCUAUGUUGCCUGGUGUAUUUGUGGUCAGAAAGGAGAGAUACGAGAUGCAGAAGGCAACGCGGUUGACAUGUCCACCACGACGAUUAGUGAGGGUUGUCAUUUCCAGUUUGUAUCGUCAGAUACAAUAACUUUUGAACACACCGCCAACCCAGCAUUGACGCAAAUAAGGAGCCUAAGUUCUUUAACAUCGAUCAGCGCAAAUUAUAAGAGAUCGUCCAAGUUCUCCAAGGAUGUCUCAGCUCGCGACGGUCAAUCCGUUUUCACAAUUCAUACAGACGGUGAGGCCACCCACCUACUUCCUCAUCGACUCGGCGAUGACUUUGCUGAUAUCAUCAAAACCCAUCGCUUGCCUGACUUUGAUUCAAUUGACGACAUCAGAAACGGUAUCUUCCUCGAGACCGGCCUCCACAUAACUCGAUUUGAGAAGCACCGGUGUGCCAUACUAUAUGCGCCCAACGAGUUUUUGACUUUGGAAGACUUGAAAGAUGCUGAUCCUGAGCACAUAUCGGAACAAUACAGACGAAAAUAUCCAAACGAACAGGAAACCCUAAAAACGGAAGCCUAUGUUUUUCAUUGGUUGGUCGGCUGGCCACCGCCUCCACCAUUUGGCGGUGAAGAAGUCGAUAGAAUUUCUCUUGUCGCCCACUGUGCCCGAGCAAGAUUUGCCGACCUUAGCAAAGAUUUGCCUCACCCUACCCUCUGCCACAUCAGAUAUGGCCUAUCCCUGUUACACAAUAUGAUUGAUGAAGACCUCUCGGAGACGUGGCUGAAGUUACAGCGUGAUAGAGAAAAGACCACAAAACCUUCCCGCGGAGCAGUCAAGCAUGGGUACCGAUGGCAAGACUCAGAAAUCAUCGGUGAAGCCAUACUUGCCGCUAUGCGGUUCUUUGGUGAUCUCCGUGCGACGAGGGACGCCCAACGCAGACACGCCGAGACGAAUGCCAGAGUUCAGAAUUGGCUGAAGGCAUCUUCACCUCCACUUGACCCUUGACCUCGAUUGGAUUAUGUUCAUGUGCUCAAAGCG